AUGAAAGCAAUUAAAUUUUCUUGUGCUUUCCUUAUUAUCGCCACUUUGGCAAUGGUCACUUUAGUCGAUGCCCUUAAUCCCCAGCUUGUACUUCAACUUGUUAACGAAGAACGUAGAAAUGUUGGAGCUCUUGCACUUACUUUAGACGGUCGAUUGACGCAAGCUGCUCAAGGGCAAGCCAAUUAUAUGGCUAGUAUCAACCAAAUGACUCACGAUAAUCCUGCCGGUAAUGUAUUCGAGAUACAGGUUACAAUCCUAGAAGCUGGGCUGAAAAUGUCGUUUUGGACCCGGUACAAAUGGGGAAGCGGCUGUCAUGCAAAUUUGGAUGAAUUCCCCGGACAUCGAAAAAAUAUUCUUAAUCCAAAUUACACUAAUAUGGGAGUCGCAUUUGGUGGUGAUAAAUAUUGGGCUCAAGAAUUUGCUAGACCCGCAUGA